AUGUGUGAAGAUAUUGAUUAUAAAGCUCUGAAGGAGCUGGGCUCAGUUGAUGAAAUGAACACUUGUUUACAUGCACAUCUUCAACGUAUUAUAAAUGCUAUUGCGCCUAAAAAAUUGGUUGUUCCGCGUCGACCACCGGCUCCAUGGUUCACAAAUGAUAUUAGAAGUCUCCAAUGUCGGAGAAAUAAGCUUUAUCGCAUCUACAGAAGGACGGGUUAUGCUUAUAAAGAGUACUCUAACGUCAGGCGAUUGGUUAAAAGACGUAUUACUGAAGCAAAGAAAAAAUACUUUGACAAUCAAUUAAUUAAUGCAAAAAACUCGAGGGAACUUUGGAAUGAUCUAAGAAGAUUAGGCAUUGUUAAACAGAAGAAAUCACAAACUAUUAUAAAAGUUGACUUGAAUGAAUUAAAUGAAUUCUUUGCACGUGCAUCGGGUAACGUCAUCGAUUCAGAUGUUGACACGUCAGACAUAUUGUUGGUUGAUAAUAAUGGCGAUGAAUUCACUUUCACAAAAUUGAACACAGUAACAGUUAGAAAAUCAAUUAUGAGAUUGACGUCAAAUUCAUCAAGCAAUUACAAACCUCUUCAACGUGUCAUUAACUACAGGAGUCUUUCCGGAGAAUUGGAAGCUAUCACAUGUGAUUCCUAUUCCAAAAAGGCUUAUCCAGUAAACUGUGAAGAUUAUAGGCCUAUAUCGCUGUUGCCAAACUUGUCAAAAGCCUUGGAACGGUGUUCUCAUGACCAAGUUGUUAAAUAUAACAAUGACAAUAAUUACUUCAAUGAAUAUCAGACAGCAUUUCGUGGAGGUUUGGGUACGCAGACUGCCAUUGUAAAGUUCUGUGACGAUAUAAGACAAGCGGUGAAUGAGUCACAGGUUUUAAUUGCGAUCUCGUUUGACCUUAGCAAGGCCUUGGAUUCUGUUAAUCACAAAAGAUUAUUAUGUAAAUUGUCAUCUAUGAACAUGUCGAAUUCAGCCGUUGAUUGGAUUGGAUCUUAUUUAGCAAACAGAAAGCAGUCCGUACGCUCUAGCGAAGGUAACUCGUCGUGGGAAGAAAUUGUAAGUGGUGUACCUCAGGGAAGUGUGCUUGGUCCGUUGUUAUUCUCACUAUACAUCACAGAUUUAGCUAAACGUUUAGAAUGCCAAUUGGUGCAGAACUAA